AUGGAUCGAUCACUGUUAGGUAUGGAUGACAAUAUGAACUUUAUGGAUAGAAUGUCUCAUUUAUAUGACAGCUCACAAAAAAAGGCAACGAAGAAAUUAAUUUUUGCAAGUGUUAUAUGUAUAAUAUUUAUGAUAAUUGAAAUUAUUGCUGCUAUAAUAUCUAAUUCUUUAUCCUUAAUGACUGAUGCAUCUCAUUUGUUUUGUGACUUGUUAUCAUUUGCAUUAAAUCUUUUUUCAAUUUAUGUUUCAACUUUUGAGGGGAAUGUUGAUAUGUCUUUUGGAUAUCAUCGAGCCGAAAUAAUAGGGGCAUUAUUUUCCAUUUUUUUUAUAUGGGCAUUAUCUGCGUAUAUCUUGUAUAGUGCCGUUUUUAGAUUAUUUGAAGUAGAAAUUGUAGAUGGGUAUAUAAUGUUUGUUACUGCUUUUGUAAGUACGUUAGCAAACAUAUUUAUAGCAUUUGUUUUAAAAGUUCAUUCACAUGGAUUUGAAUUUAUUGGCAAUAGAAGAUGUAGUCACAGUGAUGGAUCUCAUGAUCACACACUUGUUAAUACGUUGGGCAGUAUAAGAACGAUGUCAAAAAAUAGUAAAUAUAAAAAUAUAAAUAGUGAUAUUAUUUUAGGGGAUGAGGAUGCUUCAUUUAACAACAACAUUUCAAUCGGUAAAAUCAAUACAAGCUCUUGUAGUUACGUUGCUUUUGAUUAUUACGAAAAUGUAAAUAAAUUUAGUAACGACAAUUCACUUGAUGAGAAAGUAGCAGCAGAGGGAAGAGAAGUAGAAGGAGGAGGUGAAGAAAGAGGAGGGGAGGAAGAAGAUGAAGAUGGACAGGUAGAAAAAAAAAUGGACAAUUCGUUAAAUUCAUCAAAGCAUACAUUUCAUAAUAGUAGUAAUAAUGGGAAUGAUGAAGACCAUCAAGGGGAUGGUAACUUUAAAGUAGGAAUUGUUGAUUAUAUAAAUAAAAGUAAUAACUUAAAUGAUAUAAAUAAUAAAAAAAAAAAGAAAAAAAAAAAGCAUUCUUAUAAUAAUUUACACCAAGAUAAUAUUGGAAGUAGUGAUAAUUCAUUCAUGUUAUCAAAUGGAAACGAUGAAGAGAAUGUAGUUCAUGAUUCACAUGAUAAUCAUUUUAUUGAAGGAGAUUCUUUUGAUAGUCACAAGCACGAUCAUAAGCAUCAUUAUGGACAUACACAUGGGCAUGCACAUGCUCAUGCACAUAAUGAAAUGAAUAGCAUAAGUUUAAAAACAGCAUAUCUUCAUGCUCUUAGUGAUUUACUUCAAAAUAUUGGUGUUAUGAUUGCAUCGUUAAUUAUUUGGUACAAUCCUAAAUACUCAAUUACAGAUCCAAUUUGCUCCAUCAUUUUUUGUUUUAUUGUUUUCUCAACAACUAUAUCAGUAAUAAAAGAAAUUCUAAAUGUUUUAAUGGAAGGAACACCAGUAAGUAUUAAUUUAAUUGAUAUUAAAAAUGAUUUACUAAAAAUACCAGGUGUUAUAGACGUUCAUGAUUUACACGUAUGGUCCUUAUCCAUUGGAAAACCAGCCUUAGCUUGUCACAUAGUUGCACACAAAAAUUUUGCACAUACUGUUUUAAAUAAUGCUACCAUUCUAUGUCAAAACAAAUACAAAAUUUUACACACGACUGUACAAACAGAUUAUCCAUCAAACAUUUCAAAUUGCGAAACGUAUGCUCACCUUAAGUGUUCAAAUUUAAAAACGGAAAUACAGAAGUGA